AUGACAGAGGUCAAAGGUUUUGAUAUGGCUAAUUUGUACAAGGCUAUAUCUAAGAACAACUGGCCUGCUGCGAAAGAGUUCAUUGAUCACCAUCCCAUGGCCUUGAACCAAGAACUUGUUGCUUCGACAGGCGAAACACCUCUCCAUGUGGCUGUAAAGUUUGGCCAUUUGAGCAUUAUAGAGGAAUUGCUGAGAUUAGUUCCUCCAGAAUACCUUCAAAAACUUGAUGCUCAUGGCUAUACUCCACUUGGAAUUGCAGCAUCACAUAGGGGAAUCAUUCCAAUAGCGACAUGCUUGGUUGAUAAAAAUAGCAAUGCACUUUCUAUUCCAAAUGGACAGCUUAAAUUGAUUCCUGCUACAUUGGCUUUUCGUGUUGGCCUCUGUGAAAUGGGACGUUAUCUCUAUUCUGUCACUCCUUUGCAGGUCUUCAAGCAGAAAAUGGCCCUCUGGGUCUUUCGUUUCUCAGAGGCUGUUUCGUCACUGGAGAUCUUGACAUUGCCUUGGAUUUGCUUCGACGAUGUGAAGAGCUGA